AAAUGAAAAAUCCAAAAAAUACAAAAAUCUCAUCUCUCUCCAAAAUAUCAAAAAAAAAGCUACCGUACGGACGAUUGCAGAUCGGAUCUGGUUUUCUUGGGGUCUAUGAUGUCGGAUAAUCCUAACGGUUGGAUUGAGUGUGUAGAUUGACGUUAAAGAAACGGAGAAGUGCUAAGAUUGGACGGGAAAAAUGUGAGCAUGAUGCAAUGAGGCCAUGAGGGCGAUGCAGGUGACGAAAUCAGGGACUUGGCGAUGGGAAUUCCAAUAAUAGUGUGGCUACCUUUGAUAGUCGCAGCACAAGAAAGUAGAUCACACACAUAAAAGAAGCAGACAGCAAGAGAUCUGAAGAUGGGAAUCAAAAUCUGGUCACCUUUUCUCUUCAGAAGAAUAAGAGACGUCAGCAACAGGUGUGACGACAGGGGCUUCUGGCAACAAUUAGUGUUUCGGAUUUGGGGAAAAACAUGCCUGAAUCCAGCAACUGUCUAGCUGGGACCAGAUGGUGGUGAUGGCCUUGCCGGAGACGGAGACUGGAAAAAAAGCAGGUGUCAGCAACGGGUUUGCUCAAGAAGAUGCAACAGGUCUGACCGUCAAGGAAAAUGGAUUUGUAGUUUAAACAAGAUGGAUAUCUGCUGCUAGAACAGAGGCAGAGUGCGUGUGUGCUGCAGUCGUUGGAAACAAUGGCGAGAUCGACAGGGGUGUGCAGGCGGGCUGAGAUCAGUUUGGGGUGGCUGUUUCCCAGUCGUUUGAAUAUGGCUCUGAUACCAUAUGACUUAUGAGAGAUGAGAGUUGCUCUUUCAUUGACAUGAAGCAUGUAAAUACACAAUGCACUAUGCUACUGUAUGUGGAUACAGGUACAGCUAUACAUGGGGAUAGAGAUACACAGUUACAUGGUUACAACUGUAUUUACAACUGGUUCCAAAACCUACCUAUGAUGUGUCACUUUUAUAUAGAUCAAUGAAAGAUAUGACAGCUGUGAGUUUGCCAGCCAUCAGCUCAGCUAACUUGGACGCCAACAUGAAAAUCAACGGCAACAGCAUGUGCAUGUCCAGUUCUGAAGAUCAGUUGCAAAGUCUUUCCAGGGAAAGUAUGGAUCAGAUUAGAAGUACAAUGCUGCAGCACGAAGAACUAUUCAAGGAACAGGUUCGGACUCUGCACAAGCUCUACAAUGUCCAAAAAGCCGCAAUGCAAGAAAUAAGGAAAUUGAUUUGUAGUCCUGCUCAACUGUCAGCAUCCAAUUCCAACACCAAUGAAGCCUGUGAUGAUCAGAUUCAUAGUUCUGUGGUGGAAGGGAAACCUUUAGGGGCAGCUUAUGUUUGCAGUCAAGAUUACAUGGAAGAAUCAAAUGUUCCUUCCACGUAUCCUAUUCAUGCGGCUGUGGAGUCUUCAGGUAGCAAUCCCCAAAAACAAUUCUCAAUCGAUAACAUGGAAGCGAAGCUUCCACCAAAUGUUUGCAAUACAAUGAAGAGAGGUAUUGAUCUGGAAAGGCCACCGGAAGAAUAUAUGGAUGAAUCUGAUUACCAGACAGAGUCAAACAACUUUGACAUACAAGGUGCUAAUGCCAGUUCAUAUUCAUUCAUGGGAUGCAAUCGAUCGGUUCUCCAAACGGGUUCCUAUGGAGCACCUUCAAAAUCAAGCCAGGAGACUUGUCGAGAUUUGGGAAGUAAGAUUUGUACAGAUUAUACGAAGUGCAUCAUAGGCAUUCAGAGUCUGCAAGAUGCUUUCCGGCGCAACAUAUUGCAGGACUUCUCAUGGAAUCAUCUACCUGCUGUAGGAAACUGCUCCAUCAGUGGGGAAUCAAACUUUUCACUCAACCAGCAUGAAAGAAAGCCAUUGUGGUUGCUUCAGCAAUCAACGCCUAUCACUGCCGAAAGGCUGAGCUCUGGCUGCAAAUCAGAUUCACCUGAAUCUGAAGAACUGCAUCCCGAGAGAAAAACUCAUGAGCAAGUCAAAGCCAGCAAUCUGUCCCCGAAGAAUGCCUACAUUCCAGGUUCAAUCGAUCUACGUCAGCCUCUCGAAAGUAUUAGCAAUGGCAAGGUACCUCAUUCGGUAUUGGACGAACAACUGCAACGAGAUUCUGCCGCAUGCCUUCCAUGUAGUGAACCCUUGCUUCCUUCAAAUCCUGUCAUGUAUCCUCAAGUGGGGUCCACCCAUACAUCCAUGCUGUCUCAUUUAAAAGGUCCCAAUGUUACCUGUAUCCAAGGGUCAGGAGAUCGUAACUCAUUGUCAUGUGUUUUAAGCUGUCAAACAGGCGAAAACGACGGGACUGAAAUCCCGAAUUGCUCCGGUCAUGGAAACAACAGUCCUGCAUCCCAAGGCAGAAAGGCUUGCAGGGACAGAGAUCUCAGCAUUGUUGCUGUCAAAAGUGAUCAAUGUGGUUCGGAUAGCGGGCCAGUCAAGGUGGACCAUGUCGAAGCAGGAGUACAAUCAGAGCCUAAAGAAGCACCCCAAUUUACUAACGAUGACUUCAAACCAUCUCUUUCGCCUUCUGUUCAAGUUGGAACUUUAACAGACUGCCAAAGAGAGGGCGAAGAACCUGCCAUGACUAAAGAAAGUGAGGAGGAACUUGAAAAUGGUUCUACUGUCGAAGAAGCAUGUGAGAGCAUUGCAGCAAAGAUACUGCUAAGUUUUGCACCGUGCAGAUCGCAGUGCGAUGCAAAGUGGCAGUGCUUUGAGACUCAGAUAGAGAUGGAGUCAAGCCAAUCUAGUAGAGAGUGCACAGGCCGCAGCAACAAACAGAACCGACGUGUGAGAAGGGGCCUGAAUUACAGCAAUGGGGUUGGUGUGGAUGCUGUAAAAUGGAUGAAAUCUGUACGUGGAAGGAGGCGGAGGACAUCGAGAAGGCAACGGUAAUAUACUGCAUGGUUAGAUACAGUGUGUGUAUAGUUCUGUUGUUAAUCUUUGAUUUUCGCCGUUGGGAAGAUACACAUGGAAAUAUGGUGUAUCGGAGCCUAGCAUGGCUUUGAUGAGGACCUAAAUGCUGUCUUGCUUAUAUAUAUACAUCUCUACUUCAACAGAAGGAAUGGUGUAAAUUAACAAGGACAUUGCUGUUAUAGUGUUAUACUGUAAAUGUGUGUUUUUAAAGUUUGCUUCCGUUUUGGGUUU